AUGUUGGUGCCCAAUAAAAACCAUUUGUUCCACCAGAUCAGAAGGAAGCCGUCGCAAAUAGUGGCGCCCAUCUUGUUUUUGGUCCUCGUUGUGUAUUUACUAUUUGGAAUCGGGCAAUCUUCGUCCAAGAAGCCAAAGUAUUCAUACAAAGAUAAAACACAAGGAUGGCUAUUGUCAAGCAAAAUCCCUCCUGGGCCGGACGAAAUGGCCAAAAAUCACAUUAUGCAUUAUAAUAUGAACUUACUUGAGACUACUGUCAUGCCUGCGUUCAACAAAGAACAAGUCUUGGUGCUGACUCCCAUGUCCAAGUUUUAUCCCGAAUAUUGGGAUAAUUUAUUGGCCCUCUCCUAUCCAAGAGAACUAAUGGAGCUAGGAUUUAUUGUUCCACGUGGAAAGGCUGGUGAUGAAGUCGUCAAGAAAUUGGAAACCGCAGUCAAGGCCGUUCAGAGAUCUUCCACCGAAUCGGCAAGAUUCGCUCGUGUAACCAUACUCAGACAGGAUAGUGAAUCCGUGGAAUCACAGUUAGAGAAAGAUAGACACGCUUUAAAGGCUCAAAAAGAACGUCGAUCAAAGAUGGCUUUGGCAAGAAAUUCGUUAUUGUUCUCAACCUUAGGCCCCUUCACUUCGUGGGUGUUAUGGCUCGAUGCUGACGUUGUAGAAACGCCAAAAACUCUGAUUCAAGAUUUAGCCACCCACAACAAAGCAGUGAUAGCUGCUAACUGUUACCAAAGAUAUUACAACGAGGAGACCAAGAAAAAUGACAUUAGACCCUACGAUUACAACAACUGGGUAGAAUCAGAGGAGGGUCUACGGUUGGCUUCUACUUUGGGACCAGAUGAAAUCAUCGUAGAAGGCUACGCAGAGCUUCCCACCUUCAGAGCAUUGAUGGCACAUUUCUAUGAUCCACAUGGAGAUUUGAGUACAGAAAUGCAACUGGAUGGUGUUGGAGGUACUGCAGUGCUAGUUAAAGCAGAAGUGCAUAGAGAUGGUGCCAUGUUCCCAAGUUUCCCAUUUUACCAUCUUAUUGAGACUGAAGGAUUUGCUAAGAUGGCCAAACGUCUGGGCUACCAAGUCUUUGGUCUUCCAAACUACCUGGUUUACCACUAUAACGAGUAG